AAGAAGAAGAAGAAGAAGAAGAAUAAUAAUAAUAAUAUUAAUAUUAUGUCGCCCGGACGAUUAAUCCGACGCAACAGUUUCCGGUACGACGUAAACAGAAGUUUGACAUUGGCUGAAUUUAUUACCGUUAAAUAUGGUUUCGCUGUCUUUAAAUUCGUUAAAACAAAUAAUGAGAGCAAUGGUAGAUAAUCCAGGCUUCGACAGAGUCCUGAGAAAGGUGGACGUUUUGUCUGCCAGCCCAGGUAAGGUGGUGUGUGAGAUGCGGGUAGAAGAGGAGCACACCAACCGGGGAGGGACGUUACACGGCGGGUUGACAGCCACCCUGGUCGAUGUCAUCUCCACCAUGGCUAUCAUGCACAGUGAGAGGGGAGCACCAGGAGUCAGUGUGGAUAUGAACAUAACAUACAUGAAUGCUGCCAAGAUGGGAGAGGACAUACUCAUCACUGCUCAGGUUCUGAAGCAAGGACGGACGCUGGCGUUUGCAAUCGUAGACCUCACCAACAAGGCCACAGGGAAGCUCAUAGCACAAGGAAGACACACUAAACACCUUGGCAGCAGCUAAACUGUCUCCCCUCAGUGCCUAUCUGUAAAUCACAUAUCAUGUAACUGUCCAGUUAAAACAAGGGACGCUUGAGUAAAGAUGUAAACUAACCACUGAAUGUACCAAAAAAAAAAUUUAGUUAAUAGUGCUACAAAUCCUUCUCACAGCUGGUUACUUAAAGACCUGUGUUGUUACCAUUGUUACAUAUUUGUCAACAGCUAGAGAGAAAAUAUUAGCUGUAUAGCCAGUCAAUCCUGACCUAACUACUAUAUCAAUUGUACGUUUCAUGCACAUGCAAUAAAACAAAUAGACAAGA